AUGUCAAUUUCAUUAAAGAUUAAUAUUGUUGGUUCAAAUACCAUCAAAACAUUAAGAUUUUCACCAGAUAUGUGUAUUCAAGAAUGUUGCACCCACAUUUUCGAAAAAACACAUGAAGGUGGUCCAGAUCAUGGUCUUUAUCAACCAGCAGUCGAAGGAAAACAAUCAGCAAGAUGGUUAUCAAUGGAAAAAACAUUAGCUUUCUAUGACAUCAAUUCAGAUUGUCAAUUAGACUAUAAAAAGAAACAUAGACCACAGAAAUUUAAAUUACUCGAUCAAACAAUUAAAACUCAAUUAAUCGAUGAAAGUACAAAUGUUUCUGAAAUUGUUAAUUUCAUUUGUAAGAAAAUGGGUAUUAAAAAUCCAGAGGAAUAUUCUUUAAUGAAUUCAAAUGGUCAAUGGUUAAAUUCAAAUCAAAUUCUUUCAGAACAAGGUAUUUCAGAAACUGAUAUUACAGUUUUAAUGAAAAAGUUCUUUUUCAAUGAUGCAAAUAUUGACAGAAAUGAUCCUGUUCAAUUACAUCUUUUAUUUGUUCAAUGUAGAGAUGGUAUCAUUGAGGGUAAAUAUCCAACUCAAAGAGAAGAAAGUUUAGCUUUGGCUGCUCUUCAAUGUCAAGUUUCACAUGGUGAUUAUAACCCAACUAAACAUACCAGUGGAUUUUUAAAUUUAAAAGAAUAUUUACCACUUCAAUGGGUAAAAUCUAAAGGUGCAGAAAAAGAUAUUUACAAAGAAUAUAAGAAAUUAGUUAAUAUGACCGAAGUUAAUGCUAAAUAUAGAUAUGUACAAUUAUGUAGAUCAUUAAAGACUUAUGGUAUGACAUCCUUUGAAGUUAAAUUAAGAGAAUAUGGUAAAAAGAAGAUGGUCGACCAUAUUUUAGGUAUUACUAGAGAGUCAAUGAUGUUAAUGUUGGUAGAAACUAAAGAAAUUGUCAUGACCCAUCCAUUAAAACAUAUUAAGAGAUGGGCUGCUACAGAAAAGAGUUUUACUUUUGAUUUUGGUGACCACGAAACUGAAUAUUUAAUUCUUUAUACCCCAAGUCCAGAACAAAUUUCUCAAUUAAUUUCAGGUUAUAUCGAAAUUAUUAUGAAAUCAAGAAAGGAUUCAUCAAAGGUUAUUGAACAAAAUGAUACUGCAGUUGGUGUCGAAGAAUCAGUUGCAAUCAAAAGAGGUAAUGUCGCACAAAGUUCAACAUUCAUGGGUUAUGGUGGUAAUGGCGGUGGUGCUCCACAAUUAUCACCAUCCCAACAAAUUCCAAUCACUGAUUUAAGAAGUGCUCUUCGUGCUACCGAUUUAUUAAUUGGUGAAUUAAAUAGUUUUAAAUCUGGUUCUAGUAAUGCUCAACAAUUCACUCGUUCAUUCACUACUCUCACUCCACAACAAUUUAAACAUCAAUUAAUUACCCAUACCAAUGCCAUUGCCACAGCUGCUAAUGGUUUAUUCCAAGAUAUGAACUCUCCACCACCAUCAGGUGGUGUUGCUGCAUUCCAACAAGCAAUCACCAAACGUGCUCAAAUUAUUAUGGCAGAAUUAAAUACUGUUGGUACUAGUGCCAAAAAUGCUGCCUAUUUCCCAGAUUUAGCUUCAUUCUCUGAUGAAAUUAUCAAUUGUGCAACUAAACUCUCAGAAUCUAUGUCACGUCUUCUCAGUGUUUCAUCAACUAUUCAAGGUGAUAAAAUCGAUGAUAAGGGUCGUCAAAUAGCCCAAACCGAAAUCUUUAAUGUUGCUGCACUCGCAACCAUGAUGAUGGCUGUUUGUGAUAAUGAAUAUGUCACUGAAAGCAGUAGCAAACUUUUAAUCGAAUGUGCUAAAAAUGUUUCAGCUGCCAUCGCUGAUAUGUUAUUAGUUGGUCAAUCUAAAGUAGAAUUAAUCGAUGAUGAACUCUUAUUCAAUCAAAUCGAAAAUGCAAUUAAAACCACAGCCCUUACUGCUGAGGAGUUAAUAAGCACCACCGAAAAUCUUGCUUCAACAUCAUGUCAUGCUGAAUCACGUAAUAAAAUUAACAGUAUUACUCAAGCUUGUCUUACUCAUUCAAGCACUCUUUUAACAGCUUUCAAAUCAGGUGAAAUUCCAGAAGCAGAUUACAAUCUUUUACAAGCUAAAGUUGCAGAUAUUAUCGAUACAAUUGGACUUAUUAAUUAUGCAUUGGAUUGUUCAGAACAAGAACAUAGAAUUUCAAUUACUGCAAAUGGUGUUGAAGUUGGUGGUGCUGAAAUUCUUGCAGGUACCAAUCUUACUGAAGAGUUUGCCACAGUUUCAACAGAUCUCACCAAUGCUAUUAUGGUUAUGAGAACCAACCUUAAGAACCCAGACUCUGUUUUAGAAUCAUACAAAAUUAUCGCAGGUAUUGCAAAUCGUUUAAUUGGUUGCACUAAAGCAGUUGCUUCACGUGCUGAUUCUCAAUCACAACAACGUCUUUUCAAUAGCACCAAUGCAGUAUUCGAAUCCGUUGCAAAUCUUUCAAAUCACUGUCGUUCUUAUAUAAAGAACCCAGAACAAGAAUCUCAUCAAGUUCAUAUUAUGGAAACUGCAGGUCAUCUUCAAUUCCUCACUCAAAACAUGGCUACUGAUGCUGGUAAAAUUGCAUGUAUCACUUCACUUCGUGAUUACUCCAAGGAAAUGAUUGCUCAUGUCAGUUCAUUAGUCAGUACAUCUCGUACAUCAGCUCAAUAUCUUCCAGAUGCCAAUGGAAUUUCAUUAAUGAAAAGUUCUAAAGAUGUCUCUGAAGCUUUGGCUAAAUUAAUGAUUGGUAUCAAGAAAGUAGUACAAGAUCCAAAAUCAGAAGCUGUACAAAUGGAGUUAUUAACUCUUUCACAAAAACAAUCUUUACCACCAAUGAAUUUAGUUUCAGCAAGUAAGAGAUUUGCACCAAAAAUUAGCGAUCCAAAUCAAAAACAAAAACUCAUUUUCGCUUCAGAUUCAGCUGCUCAAUCAGUUCAAAAAUUAAUGAAAGCUGGUGAAGCCUAUAAAAAGAUUUGUGGUCAUAUCGAAAUUGAAGAAGCUUUAGAAGCUUUCGAUUCAACCAUUGCAGAUUUGGAAACCACUGAAAUCGCUAUUGCUGGUGGUUUCUUAGAUAGUGUUGCUGGUACAACCCGUGAAGGUGCAGCUGAAUUAUUAUUGGUUGCUAUCAAGAAUUUAAAUAGUGCCAACAAUGAAUUGGUUACUGAAAUUCGUGUUAAUCCAAGUAAAUUAGGUGAUUUAGUUAAAGAAACUACCGAAGCUGCCACAUCAGUUGCCGUUUCAGCUAAAACAUUAAUUUGUGCUACUCAAGGCAAACAAGCUCAAAAGAAACUUAUGGGUAUUACAAAGCAACUUAUGAACGAUAUGGAACAAUUAAUUCGUGCUUCAAGAUCAGUUGCUACUAAUGUUGGUGACCCAGCUUCUGAAUUACUUUUAGAUGCUGCCACUGGUGAUGUUCAAGUUAGCAUUGCUUCAUUAGUUGGUUCAACUGUUAAUGUCGAUUGUAAAGAGCUUGAUGAAGCUGCCAGCGAUAUUGCAAAUAUCUUAUCAUUAAAAUUAGCUUCAGUAGAUUCAAUUAUUACUCAACCAACCGAAGAAUUGGAAUACUAUAACGAAGAAAUCCUUUCAACUAACAAAGCUUUAGUCGCUGCAACUCAACAAGUUGUUGCUAUGGCUCGUAGCAAAAACUUAAAAGGUUUAGGUGCAUCUGCUAAAAUCACAGCUGCUACUUUAACCACUUUAAUUAACCAUGCUGGUAAUGCAAUUGUAUUAAAUGAAAACGAUGGUGCAAAACAAGCCAUUCUUGCUUCAACUGUUGCCCUUGGUAAUCAAAUUGUUAGUCUUUUAGAUUUCUCUAAAGCUCUAAGUGCUUCACAAUCUGUUGAAGAUCAUAUUGCCAAGGUUACUCGUUCAUUAGGUGGUGUUGGUAAUAACACUUUAUGUGAUGAAGCUGUUGACCGUAUCAUUGAAGCUACUCGUCUCUUAGACCAAACUAUUUUACCAGAUACCAGUGGUUCACAAACUACAAAUGCUCUUGAAAUGCAACAUCAACAACAACUUUUAAGUAUCACUGAACACUCAAAGAAACUUGGUACUAUUACCUCCAAUAUUGUUGCUCAAAAGAGUAAUCCAGAUCUUGUUGGUCAAGGUUCAACUGAAGCCGCUGAAUCAGUUGCUGCUUUAAUCGAAGCCGCUAAAUCUGUUAUUCUUUGCUCAAUUUCAACUGUAUCACCAGAUAUUUUGCUUCCAGCUAAAAACAUUUUAGAUUCAACUGCUUUAAUUGCAUCAAAUCAAAACGAUGUCGCUCAUGUUAUUACAAAUGCUCGUACUGUUGCCUCAUGCACCAGCCAACUUUUGGGUAUUACUAAAGAACGUGCUGCCGCUUUUGAUGAAAACAAUGAACAACAAUUACAAGUUCGUGAGUCAAUUGUUAAAUCAACUCAACAAUUGGCACUUGCUACAUCUAAUUUAGCUCGUGGUGUUAAAUCCGUUACUUCCAAAGAACCAGGUGGCAAUGCUAUGCUCUCAGUUGCUUUGAAAGAUCUCGAAACAGCUACUAGUCAAUUAUUAAUUACCUCAUCCAUUCCAGCUACAGAACGUGGUAUUGGUGUUGCUGAUUUCGAAAAACUUUUAGCUACUUGCCGUUCAGUUUCAACUGCUUCAUCACAAUUCAUUAUUUCAGCUUCAUCAGCCUCAUCUAAACCAAAAGAUAUUGAAGCUUCAUCCAUUUUAGCUGAAAGUGCUAGCUCAAUGACCAGUUCACUCAAAGAUAUCAUCAAAGUUACCAGCUCAAUGAUGCCAGGUGUUAACUUCUGUGAAGAGGCUAUUGAAAUUUCACAACGUGCAAUUAGUGAUCUUUCAACCAUGGCUCUUUCAGUUGCUGUUGGUUCAUUUGAUGGUACAAACUGCAACCGUGAUAACCUUUCACAUGUUGAAUCACAAGAAAAAAUGGUCGAAAUUACUAAAGAAAUUGGUACCGGUAUUAAUGAUUUAUUAAAAGCCUCAAGACAAUCACCAGAAGCUAUUGGUAUUUCAGCUAAAGCUCUUUCAUUCAUCGCUCCACACCUUGUUAACACUACCAGAACCACCCUUGCAACCACCCAAGAUGCUGAUGUUCAAAAUGAUUUAAUUACUGAAGCUAAAAAUGUUGGUGAUAGUAUCUUAAGAUUAUGUCAAGCUUCAUUUGCUGCUUCAUCAAACCCAUCAAAGGAAACCUAUCAAUCAAUUGUUAACAAAUGCUCAGAUGCCUCCGAAGCUAUGAACAAAUUAGUUGCUCAAAUUUCAUCAGGUGUUAAUCUUUACAAAGAUCUCGAUGAAUCAUUGGAUAAAAUUCGUAAAUCAGUUGUCCAAACCUCCAUCAAAGAUGUCGUUAAAGAAGGUGAAGGCAAGAGUUACCAAGAAUACAAAGAAGAAAUUUCCAAUCUUUCAAAGAAUCUCGCCAUGUCCAUUAAAACUGUUGUUGCUACUGACAGUAAUAAUUUAGUAUCAAUUUCAACCAUUUCAAAAGAUAUUGCCAAAUAUAUUUCUGAUAUUGCCACUGUCACUACUGCUAUCCUUACCACCACUAGUGACCAAAAGAUCAGAGACUCAAUUAUUACCAACUCUAGACAAGUUAUUCAAAGUACUGGUGAUAUUAUAAAUCAAAUCAAGACCAACUCUACCGACAAAGCCAAUGCUUCACAAUCUAAAGUUAAUGAUGGUUAUCGUCAAACUACUGAAAGUAUCACUCGUUACCUUCAAUCACUUAAACAAGGUGCUAUUGGUGAAAUUCUUUCAGAUGCUGCUAUUGACAAUAUUCGUAAAGUUAUCUCAGAUCUUGAUGGUUAUAGUUUAUUCGCUGCUGCUGGUCAAUUAGAAAAUGAUCAAUCAUCACAAACCACAAUGAACGAAAGUGCCAAACAACAACAUCUCAAAAAUCUUCAAAAAGAUAUUAUCCUUCAAUCAAAGAUGCUUAUUGUUUCAGGUUCUCAAUUAGUUGGUUCAUCUAAAGGUACUCAAGAACAUCUUGGUGCUGCUACAACUAAAGUCGCCUCAACUGUUGCUGAUUUAGUUAAAACUGCUAAAGAUAUUGCCUCAGUUCUCUCAGACCAUGAAUCACAAGAAGAUAUCCUUGGUGCAUCAAAAGCUCUUUCAAUCUCUUGUCAACAAAUGGUUUUGGCUACAAAAGAUGCCCAAAGAUUCAAAAAAGAUGCCACUGCAUUCCGUUCACUUGGAAAAUCUGCUGAAGCUAUUGCUGAAGCUGUAGGCCAAUUCCUUACUUCAAUUUACACUGCUAUUGCUGAUGCUGGUAAAGGUAUUAAAGAACUCGAAAAAUCAAUUGUCCAAGUUUCAUCAUACCACGAAAAACCAGAAGCUGUUCUUAGUAAUAAAGAUGCUACUGCUGAAACCCUUGCUCAAUCCGCUAGAGAUUUGGCUAAAUCAUCAAUUGAUAUUGUCACAUCCUAUCAAACUUCACAAGAAGAUCUCGUUAAAUCAUCACAAACUGUUGUUGAAAAUGUUAAAUCUUUCAUUGCUAAUUCCAAACAUGUUGUAUCACUUUUAGGUCCAAAUGAUGAAGAACUUAGAAACAAAGCUAAUGAAAAAGUUAAAGCCACCACUGGUGAUAUUCUCAAUCUUAUGAAAGCUGUUAAAGAUCAAGAUAAGAAUGGUACAGCUGUUAUUUCAGAUUGUAGCCGUGCAAUUGCCGAGGGUGUUCAAUCACUUGUAUCUCUUUCUAAACAACUCCCAGGUGGUCAAAACAUUAUUGUCGAAGAUGAUGUUCUUGAAGAUCUCGAAGCUCUUGCUGAAGAUGAAUUAAUGGCAUGUGCUAGAUCAAUUGAAGAAGCUACUGCUAGACUCUUAGCCUCUAGACCAGAGUCUAAAGCUAAGCAUGGUAAGAUCGAUGCAGAAGGUAUUGCCGCUACAAUUGUUGAUGCCUCUGGUUCCAUCGCAAAAGCUGUUGCCAAACUUGUUCACAGUGCCGCUGUUGCUCAAUCAAAGAGAAGAGAAGACCAAAUUGCUACAGGUAGUGUUUACAAACAAGAUCCAACAUGGUCUAAUGGUUUAAUUUCCGCUGCUAAAAGUGUUGGAGCAGCUACACAUCGUUUAGUUGAAGCUGCUAUCAAAUCAGCCAAAGGUAAUGCAGAAGAAGAAGAACUUAUUGCUACAGCCCGUGCUGUUGCCGCUGCCACUGCACUUUUAGUAUCUGCUUCACGUGCCAAAUCUGGUGAUAAUUAUCAACAACAAUCAGCACAUCACCAUCUCAGCCAAGCUGCUAAACAAGUCGCUUUAGCUACACAAGAUUUAGUUGCUGCUGCUAAAGCUGCCACUAUGUUUGAAGAACAACAAAAAGAAGAAGAAGACCAAGAAUAUGGUUUCACUGGCUCUAAAGUUAAAGAACUCGAACAACAAAUGAAGAUUUUGAAAUUAGAAAAAGAAUUAGAAUCUGCAAGAAGAACAAUGUUAAAUUCAAGAAAACAAAAUUAUAAAAAAUAAAAAUAACUAGUUUUAAUAUUAAUAUAAAAAUAAUAAAAUAUAUGUAAAUAAACUACUCUUUUAUAUAUU